AAACCAAUUUUGGAGGAACAACGAAGUGAAAAUAACCCACCACACAUUCUUAUUUUGGACGUAUUUAUUGAUAGGGUAUACAGCAUGGUCCUAAACACUACCAGCAACGUCAGUACCACUGCAGAAGAACUACAGGGAACCCACGCGAUUGCUAACUUUCAGAUGGCGUUUUCACAGACACUGGUCUGUGUCUUACUAUAUGUGAACUGUGCCAUGAUCUUCACAUUCUUCAAAAAGGAGGCCUUUCGAGAGAACACACGCUACAUUUUGUUUGCGCACAUGCUGGUCGUCGACACCAUGCAGCUGGCGUUGGUUGAUUUGGCGGUCGUGAUAGUCUAUUGCCGCAUCUUCCCACCUGACGGAGUGCGCAUCCUUCUGAGCAUGUUAAUGUUCGCUUUAAGCUGUCACACACCUCUGACUCUAACUGCAAUGUGCUUGGAACGCUACGUAGCUAUUUGCAUGCCACUAAGGCAUGCCGAUAUCUCUACAGUCAAAGCUGCCUGGGUUAGUAUUGGCAUUGUUUGGGUUAUUGGCUGGGUCCCCACCAGCAUUGAUCUCUUUAUUGUCAUAGCAACACAACGACCACCUAUUUACACGGAAGGCGUAUAUGUGUUUUACGAAAUUAUGUUAAGGUACCCGUGGCAAUACAUUCUGAAGUCAAGCAUCUCUUUGUUCUAUUUUGCCGUAAUAGUCGGAAUUGUGGCAUUCACCUAUAUUCAGAUAAUAAGGGUAGCUAGAUCUGCUUCAGCAGAUAAAAACUCCACGUCCAAAGCUUCCAACACGAUAACCCUGCAUGCUUUUCAGUUAGUGCUUUGUAUAGUCGUACUUAUUUGCCCUCUUAUAGAAGCGGAGGUAAAGAAAAUAGACGUGAAAAGCCUAUCAAGCGUGCGGUAUUUUGACUUCAUUGUCUUUACUUUGUCCCCGCGCUGUUUAAGUCCACUUAUCUAUGGACUGAGGGACGAGAAAUUCAGUAGGGUGCUUAAAUAUUAUAUUAUUUGUGGAUUGACAAAAACAGUGGUCCCAGUUGCAAUAGACGUGUAG